GAACACGUCUCUCCUCAACGCGGAUGUGUCUCCGCACUAUAAAACACAGCCAGUCAGCCGGUGCAGAAACCUGGACGUGCAGACGGACAGCAGUGUCAACCCUUUCUCACCCUGUCUUCUGUCCUCACCAGUCCCAGAGCACUAUGGCGUUACACAAGGAGUUCACCACUGCGGGGAAGAAGCCCGGCCUGCAGGUGUGGCGGAUUGAGAAAAUGGACUUGGCACCAGUCCCUUCUAACCUCCAUGGAGACUUCUACGUUGGAGACUCCUACAUAGUGCUAAACACCACCUCUGCUCCGUCUUACAAUGUUCACUCCUGGUUUGGCGAAGAGUCUUCCCAGGAUGAGAGAGGGUGUGCUGCCAUCUUUAUGACCCAACUGGACGCCUUCCUCGGUGGAGCACCAAUACAAUUCACUGAGUUUCAAAACGAAGAGUCCCUCACCUUCCUGAGCUACUUCAAGUCUGGCAUGAAAUACAAGGCAGGUGGAGUAGCCUCAGGCUUCCGGCACGUGGACAUCAACGAUUCUAAAGGUAUCCAAAUCUUGUUGAGAGUUAAAGGGCGUCGGGCAAUCAGAGCCACAGAGAUGCCUUUCAUCUGGGCUAGCUUCAACAAAGGAGACUGCUUCAUCAUCGACCUGGGAAUGGUCAUCUACCACUGGUCUGGCAGCGAAUCCAAUUUCUUUGAGCGCCUGAAAACCACUGAGCUGGCCAUUGCAAUCCGGGACAACGAGCGAAAAGGUCGUGCUGAUCUAGAAAUGAUUGAUGAAGGCUCCGAGCCAGAAGAUGUCAUUAAAGUGCUUGGACCCAAGCCCGACCUCCCUCCAGGAAGCUCUGAUAGUGAUCUACACACCGAUAAGCAGAACAAGAACCUGGCAUCUCUCUAUUUGAUUUCCGAUGCUGCCGGCUCCAUGACGAGCACUUUGGUGGCGGAUAAAAACCCAUUUAAACAAGACAUGCUCUCCAACAGUGAAUGCUACAUCUUGGACAAUGGAGGAAACAACAAGAUAUUUGUCUGGAAAGGCAGCGAUGCAAAUACAGAUGAGCGCAAUGCAGCACUGGAUGCUGCAAACAAGUUCAUCAAAGACAAGAAUUACUCCCGAAAUACCCAGAUCCAGAUAUUGCCAGGGGGGGGUGAGACCACCCUGUUCAAGCAGUUCUUCUUCAACUGGUUGGACAAGGAGGAGACCACUGGCCCGAGCGAGGCCUACACCAUCGGUCGCAUCGCCAAGGUGAAGCAGAUUCCUUUCGACGCCACCAAACUCCACAGCGACGAAGGCAUGGUUGCCCAGCACGGCAUGGUGGAUGAUGGCUCCGGGAAAGUCAAGAUCUGGCGUGUGGAAGGAGGGGAUAAAGUACCUGUGGACCCAUCCACCUAUGGACAGUUCUAUGGAGGCGACUGCUACCUGGUGCUGUACUCCUACAACACGGGAGGCAGAGAGAAGCAUAUCAUCUACACCUGGCAAGGGACUAAGUGCACAAAGGAUGAACUGGCUGCUUCAGCUUUUCUCACCGUCCAAUUGGACGACUCCAUGGGUGGAGCAGCUACCCAGAUUCGUGUCACUCAGAGCCAAGAACCCCCUCAUCUUGUGAGCGUGUUUAAAGCCAACCCUUUGGUGGUCCACCUGGGCGGGACGUCCCGCGAGUCUGGGGAGAGCAAGCCCGGCAGCACACGACUCUUCCAUAUCCGCCGGAGCUCAACCAAAGCCACACGGGCUGUUGAGGUGGCGCCCACUGCCUCCUCUCUCAACACCAACGACGUGUUUGUGCUAAAGUCGCCCGAUUCCCUGUUCGUGUGGAAGGGGAAGGGAGCGACUCCGGAAGAGGAGGAUGCAGCCAAGUAUGUCGCCGGCCUGCUUGGAGGAACUGCCACUGAGGUGGAGGAGACCAAGGAGCCAGCUCAUUUCUGGAAAGCACUGGGUGGGAAGAAGGACUACCAGACCUCCUUGGCCCUGCAGAAGACAGUCAAGCCUCCAAGACUGUUUGGCUGUUCAAACAAGACUGGUAGGCUGAUAGCAGAGGAGGUGCCCGGCGAGUUCACACAGAUGGAUCUGGCACCUGAUGAUGUCAUGAUUCUGGACACCUGGAAUCAUAUCUUCGUUUGGGUUGGAAAUGAUGCCAAUGAGACUGAGAAAACUGGAUCGCUCAAGAUUGCCGAACAAUAUGUGAAUUCAGACCCCUCUGGGCGUCGCGGAGUCCCCAUCUGCACCAUUAAACAGGGGAACGAGCCACUCACCUUCACCGGCUGGUUCCAUGCCUGGGACCCCAAGAUGUGGGAGAAAGAUCUUUUGCUCUGCCUGCAAGAACGUAUCGCAAAGCAUUAGUGGAAACAGCAAGAAACCUGCUAAAAUCCAUUACUUAUCGUGUGUCGUUGGACUUCAAACAAUAAUCAACCCGUAGAUAUCGUGAGCUUGGCAUUUCUAAAUUCUAUGUGGGCAGCAAUGCAUUAAAGACUAGAUUACAGAUUACAUUUUGAUGUAUUCAGCACCAAUAAAUUUGCAGGGAACGGGUCUGGAAUUUUCUUUGCAGCUUUGUUUUCAUUCUGUCCUAUGCAUUGAAUUAAAAAUUGUUAAUAAUCCAGUGGAACAUGGUGCAUUUCCAGCCCAGCGUGGCCUUAAGGACAUUUUGCAAAUUUAGAUCGUCAUGGAUGAGAUUCUGAUCAUCGUUUGUGUAUUUCUGUUUGCAACGAAAGAAAUUUUUAUGUAAGUCUUUUUACAGCGUAGCUUGCAAAGACAAAUAUAGAUGGGGGAAUUCUGAA